AUGGGAAGUGUGGAGCGCCCGGAGAUGGCGGGCGGUUUUGCCGACUUCGAUGCCGGUCACCGAGACCUAGUGUCUGUGACGAAGUUCAACUUUUACGGGAAUCGGAUUGUCACGGCUUCGACGGACCACCGCAUGAAGGUCUGGGAUUUGCAAGAUGGUCAAUGGCAGUUGACAGACACCUGGCGAGCUCAUGAUGCGGAGAUUCGCGAUGCUGUGUGGAAUGGCCCAUUUACAGGCCAGCAUAUUGGAAGUGUCGGAGAGGACAUGAAGCUCAAGAUCUGGCAGGAAGAUGUGACGCAACCACCCAAUUCGGGCAGGCGAUUCAGAUCUAUUUUCCGAUUGACUGCACCUCAGCGUCAUCCCUUCGUGUCGAUGGACUUCCGGAACAUUGAUUUGGAGUCGUGGAUGGCGGUCAUCACGCGAGACGGCUACUUGAUGAUUUUGGAACCCACUAGUCCGGACAGUCUGGCCGACUGGCAACAUCUGGACCAGUUCCGAGUAUGCCCUGCCCCCGAGCGCGGCGAGGAAACAAGCUUCAGGGUUCAGUUCCAUCACGACCCAAAAGACAUCACUCAUACUCUUCUACCAGACUCUGAUCCCAAGAGUCUUUCACUUGUAGUCGCGGCCAUGGACUCGGUCAAAAUCUAUCGCACCGAUGCAAACCGUCGCUUCUACCACGCCAUUGAAUUGAAUGGACAUGGCGGUCUCGUUAGAGAUAUCUCGUGGGCUAACGGCUCUGUUCGAGGAUACGAUCUCAUUGCAAGCGGAGGAAAAGAUGGACUGAUUCGCAUCUUUGAAGUCUUGACCAUGCCUACUACUCAAGCGUCUCAAAAUGCAAACAACCGAAAGGCCGAGCGGCGCCAGCAGCAGCAGUCUUCGUCAAAUAGAGCCAUGUCUCAAUCAGGAAUCGGAUCGGCUUUGGCAAAUCGUGUCCCAUCUUCGUCGUCUAACCGGCAAGCUAGCGGAGAUUCUCUGUUUCGCCACUCAUUCAAGCAAGUCGCAUGCAUCGACAGCAAGCAUCUCGAUGUUUGGCAGGUCGAAUUCUCUUUUGCUGGCGACUCCCUCAUGUCUGCGGGCGACGACGGUGCAGUGCGUUUCUGGAAGAAGUCCUUAUCAGGGGAGUGGCUUGAGUUUGCUGAGACGGAUAUGGCAUCCCAAUAA